AUGAACGGUGGAUUGCGCAACACGAUCUCUUGGUACGGGGGCGUGGACCAACUGUAUUGGAGCUCGAGAGGUGCUGUGGAUUCCACAGGCGGGCUGGGCGACGUCUUGGUAACUCUUGGCCUAGUGCUACUCGGCGACGCGGCAGUGGCAACGCCAAUGUCCAAGUAUCCUCGUGGGGGCUGGGACAAUGCAAGCCGUAGCGUCCCUGGCAACCAACCCGGUUUUUGUGUCUGUAUGUACGGAGUACCCGUACAGUGGUUUCUCUCGGUUUGUCGUGUUGAGUACGAUGCAAGAGAGAGAGAAUGGAAAUAA